GUACAGACAGUUGCCAGGAUCUAGUUCCAUCCAGAAAACAAACAAACAAAACCGUCCUGGUCUCUUCUCAGUUAACGAUUAAUGACACUCACUUAACAUUUACACUUUCUUUGGACAUGUUGGACCUAACCUGCGUAGAAUCUAGGGUUGAUGGGACUCAGGAUGAUAUAUAACGGCUGCAGGGCAGGACUCUUUAUCCCCCCUUGCCCAAGGUGAGUGCCCACUUGAGCUCUUCUCUCUCUCCAGUCAUCGUCCAAGGAGUCCACAGUCAUGAAGACUGCGCUGCAAGAGCUGACUCAGUACUGGAGGCUGUACCUGUUGACAUUGGUGCUGGGCAUUGGGGGAUCAUUCCAGUAUGGAAUCCAAGUUUCCAUCAUGACUUCGCCUGCUGAGCACAUCCAGAGCUUUGUGAACCAGACCUGGCUGGGCAGGUAUGAAGUUCCUGUGGGAGAGUCCACCAACACCCUCAUAUGGUCCUUCAUCAUGUCCAUCUUCAGCCUGGGGGGCUGGGCCGGGGCGGUCCACAGUGGCAGCCUUCCAGUCAAACACGGACGGAAGAAAGCCCUCCUGAUAAACAACGUGGUGGCCAUCGUUGCUGCUGUUUUGAUGGUCCUGAGCAGGAUGGCUAAAUCGUUUGAGAUGAUCUUGAUCGGUAGAUUCUUGUAUGGAUACAAUGUCGGUUUGGGGCUGAGUGUGCACCUGAUGUACGUGGGUGAAAGCUCGCCAAAGAAGCUACGUGGCUUUCUCACCUUAACCUGCUCAAUUUUCAUCGGCCUCGGUAAACUGGUGGGCCAGGUGGUUGGAAUCAAAGAGUUGAUGGGCACCGAUGACAUGUGGCCCUACGUGCUAGCUGUGAGCGGCCUGCCUGCUAUCCUGCAGUUCCUGUCCUUGCUGUGGUUCCCAGAGGCGCCACGCUACCUCUACAUUGACAAGGGAGAUGAGGAUGGCUGUAAGAAAGCCCUCCAGUGGCUGUGGCAAGAAGAUGAUCUGAAGCUGGAGCUGGAGGACAUGAGGAAGGAGAGGGAGAGUGCCCAGGGGGAGAAGGCCAAGACUGUGCUGGAUGUGCUGCGAUCUCGCUGCGUGCGCUGGCAGCUGCUGGCGCUGGCACUCCCCUGUGCUGGCGUGCAGUUCUGUGGAAUCAACGCGCUUUAUUUUUACGCAUUUGACAUCUUCCGUGAAUCUGGAAUUGAAGAGGACAAGAUGCGUUAUCUCUCUAUUGGUAUCGGGGCAACUGAACUGAUCACUGUAACAAUCUGUGCUUUUGUGAUUGACCGUGCUGGCAGAAAGAAACUGAUGGGCUUUGGCUACCUCAUGAUGGGUGUGGUCAUGUCUGUGCUGAUUGUCAUGCUGACCAUUAAGGAUUUCUACCCUUGGGUCCCCUACUUCAACAUCGCACUCAUUUUCUCUGUCAUCUGCGUCUAUGGCUUGGGGCCAUCGGGAGUGUCCAUGUGCCUGCCAGCUGACCUGUUCCUGCAGGCUUGGCGUCCAUCAGCAUACGUGGUCAGCGGCACUAUCAACUGGCUCAGCCUGUUCCUCAUUGGGAUGCUCUUCCCAUACAUUGUGGAUGGAUUGGGACAGUUCUGUUUCCUGAUAUUUGUUGCCUACUGCAUCUUCAGCGCAGCAUUCAUGUUAUAUUUUAUCCCAGAAACUAAAGGAAAAACCAUGGUGGAGAUCACUGAAGACUUUAACAAAUUAAACUUUAAGGGCAUGGGCACAGAAAUUGAGAAGGGAGACUUUGUGCAUGCAACAAAGUUCUAGAGAACUGUGUGCACCCUAUUUAUUCUGAAUAUGUAUUUUCUCUCUGUAUUGUAAAUACAGUAUAACUUAAAAUGUGUAACUUUCCCACAACUGUAAAUCAUUUAACCAAAUGAGAGACUUGUUCUAAGAUAAUGAGACAUAAGACAAUGAUUGAAGUUAACAUCCAAUCCAGUAUCAGAGAUUUCCAUGGUGCUCCAUGUUUAAAAAACAUUUUUGAUAAAAAUAAUGUAAACACAUCAACUCUUUCAAGUGUUUCGAACUUGUUUUCCCUUCACAUUUUUAAUAAAGUAAGUGUCUCCACUA